UUGGAGCAGCAGUGGAGUCUGUGGUGCACUAUAGAUUCUCUUCGCAUUGCCUUGAUGUCGUUACUGAAGACAAAGCUUUUGGGUGAAUUUGAAGGUUAAUAAGUGCUCCCUAUGGUUGGAAGACAGACGAUCCGCAUGGAUAGUGGAAAUGGCCCAGUGACAGUUAUGGAUGAGAGUCCCACAUCUAGCCCCAGCCCCAGUCCUGACAUGCUGACCACCGACAGUCGGCGUCCAGAGGCCCUGCAGCUCUCCAGGGUGGUCCAGGCCGGUGGGCUCUGUGGCAGAGGACGGCCGGCAGCAACCAACGCAGCGCGGGAGAGGAGUCGAGUGCAGACCCUGAGAAGCGCGUUCCUGGAGUUACAGAGGACUCUGCCGUCGGUGCCACCGGACACCAAACUGUCCAAGCUCGACGUGUUGAUUUUGGCCACCACGUACAUUGCCCAUCUGACUCAGACCUUGCAAGAGGAAGGGAUGGAUGAGGGAGAUAGCACUAGACAAACAGAGGCCUUACGCUCGCUGAAAGGUGAUGGUUACCUGCACCCUGUGAAAAAGUGGCCGAUGCGAUCCAGGUUAUACGUCGGAGCCAGCGGUCAGUUUCUGAACAAUUCAAAACAGACAGAACAUCGAGGUGAAUCAUCGUCAACCUCAAGGACAUAAAUCUUUCCAUUGCAUAAGGAACUUCUCAUUCAGACGACCAUUAAUUAUGAAGACUCUUUCAGCAGAAUCCACCCAUGAGGACUUUUGAAAUGAAUAGCAGACCGUGGUUCGUCGCCUGACAUUAUACUUUUUAUUCAUCAAACAAUUGAAGUAUCUGCUUUUGACGUUUCAUAUCAUGUAAAGGGGGCAGUCACGAGACAGUCAACUCUUUCAAUUGUAGGAAACACAUUGUAAAUUAAUAUAUUAUGGGAUUUAUGUAUAUAACAUUUGAGAAAGCCUAAAUAGUGUUUCUCUGUUGUUAUUUUGGCCUUGCUCUGCUCUGUUUUCUGCAGUUAUGUACUUGUUGGAGGUAUUACCGUGUAUACUUUUAUUUUAAAUUCCAUGUGUUGGGUAAUGAUCUUUCGGGCUUGACUUGUUGGCUAUGCACUUUCAGUUAAAACAUUUGCACUAAAUGCAUGUGUGAAUAACUUAACAUCUGUCAUGUGAAGUGGUCUGUCAAUCUCAACAAUGGUAGGAGCCUCUUCAUCUCCCCUUCUUUCUUACGGAAAUGGUUGUAAAUGUGUUUGUUGAUAAUGUCUUGAGAAAUAAAAAGAAUGACGUCUCCCACUC